AUGGCGGAGUCAGCAGAAUCGGCGAACGCGCCUGGAGAAUCGCCCAAACAAGCAGCUGGAUCGACUGGUCAGCCCGCUGCUAAGACGGCCCCGGAUCAGAUGCUCAACCCUACUGCAGAAAGUGCCCCUGAGACCACUCCUCAGCCAAUGCCCGAACAAGCUCCUCAAGCGGCUGUCGAGCAGCGUACGGAGACCAGCAACUCUGCUCUGGAACCAGCGUUACCAGCCAUCGACACGUCGCUUCCUCCAAUUGACAAGUCCUUGCCGGCCGUCGACACGACUCUGCCCCCAAUAGAUACGUCUUUACCUAGCCUGGAUUCUACACUGCCACCACUCGACUCGAGCGUGCCAUCUUUGCCCCCAAUCGACACGUCUCUUCCACCGCUGGACACAACUCUGCCAGCUGCAGAGGCCAAUUUCUUACUUUCAGGUACAAGAGUAUCCAACCCAGAACCUGCUGCUCCUGAGUCGACCGGCGCAGUAUCCGGGGCAUCUGAGCAUCCCUCAUCCAACCAACCGCAGGCAUCGACUCCUUCUGCAAUUCAACCUGCUCCCAAUCCUGCUCCUUCACUCGUCGUCAAUCCACAAGAUCCAACGCCUUCCUACCCUUCCGCGCCCCCCGGCUACGUACCUGCGGCAUCCCAGCCUUUUGCUCCCUCCCUUCAUUCAGAAUCGCCAUCUACAUCCACCGACCAACAAUACGACUACGGCACUUCUCCCGUCGACCAUUCGUUGGGGGCCAACAACUCUGCGAAUAUGGCCAGCACGCAGAAUGUCACUCAGGGAGGACUGCAGCCGACUCUCAAUGCGACGACAAAUGCCACCGUCACUCCGUCGGAACCUUCCAGCUCCAAAGUGAAACGAGUUCAGAUUAGCGAUCUACUGGCGCUGAGAGGCAUUCCUCCACCACCCCCUCAUCCUAUCACAUCUCUCCCCCCGAACCGUCUCGAAGAAAUCAAGGCCGUGUUCCUCGCUACAUAUGCUCCCGCCGUUGAUAGAUUCUUUGAGACUCGCUGGUUUCAAGAGAAAGCGCUCGGUCACCUGUUGGCGAAUGCGCAGCUGAUGGCCGAGUACUCUGCUCUGAUCGAUGCAUUCAACGAUCGGAACCUCAACGAUCCCAACGUCGUCGCGCAGCUGGAGAGCUUUGAAGCGUCCGUCGUUUGGAGUACCAUGACAUUGUGCCGUCAUGUGAUGAAUGUGUCGAACGGAAACCAUGGUCAGGAUUUCGAAUUGUUGGCUACCUCGUCCAGACUCGAUGUGAUUGAGGCCAUGAUAACAGGCGAGUAUUUGGAGAGAAACCCUCUGGCCCAAUGGCCCGUUCGGGAGCCAGCAGCUGAUCCACCCACUCUUCCUGAUCAACUGAUGCAGAGAACGUUGGAUUUCUGGAGUUCGAUUGGUCACUUCUUGACUCUCCAUGACAACGAAGCUAGCUCUGCCAAAGAGAUUGAUGAUACUCUGGCUCAUUGCAGAACGCUGUUAGAUACUUAUGAGAAUCGCGAUGUGAUUUAUUCCAUUGCCAUUGCCCGCCACAUUGGACAGCGCUGGGCAGACUUUCCACACAGCCUCCCUCAGCAUAUCACCACGAACGAAAAGGAUGCGGGGGCCAAGCUAUAUGUAGCGCAGAAAUUUCUCGAGCAAGAAGCCAGCGGCAAGGGCACCACACAGGUCGUCAAACGCAUCUGCGGUAUGGUCGUCCGGUCCUGGUACGUUUCCCGGGAGUAG